AUGCACAUGCUUCAAAGCUUCAAGCUUCAAGCCCAGUCAAAAGUCGGGAAGCUGCCGUCGGUUGUGAAAAGUUCACACGGUUGGUACCAGGCGUCAUCGGUUGUAGCAGAUCAGGAUGGUUCAGAACAGCCCGCAGCAAAGCGACGUCGAUUUGAAGUGAACGAAGCAACAGCAGGUCCAUCUGGCUCUCGAAAUCCAGGGUCUCCUCCUCCUCGUACUCCCCCUGGAUUGCCGCCUGGAUUGCCUCGUCCCUCUUCGCCCCGUUCGCCACCUCGUUCACCGGCACCACCUGGACCGCCCCCUGAAUUUCCACCUCGUUCACCACCGCCUGGAUUGCUGCCUAAUUCACGAUCUCCUGGACCGCCGCCUCGUUCGCCGCCUCGUUCGCCGCCUCGUUCACCGCCUCGUUCGCCGCCUCGUUCGCCGCCUCGUUCGCCGCCUCGUUCGCCGCCUCGUUCGCCGCCUCGUUCGCCACCUCGUUCGCCGCCUCGUUCGCCGCCUCGUUCUCCUCCACCUGCUGAUACUUUGGACCGAGGAUCUGGACUUCCUGCCACAUCUCAAAUUCCUGAUAUUCAGCAGUCGCUGGAAUGGCUGAAACUCCUUCGUGAAGCCACCCUGGAUAACUCUGGUCUCACAGCAUCUCAACUGGAUGCCCUUCGAAAUCCCCAGCCAGUUAACCAAGAAGAUUUCGACAAAAACCUACGGUUCUCUUUGGAUGUCUUAUUGGCAAACAUCACAGCAGCGCAGGCUGUUUAUACAAGGAAUUGCGCCGCUAUCGAACGCAAUACAGAUGAUACCAAGAUGCUUUCAGCGGAUCAGCUCAAGCGCCAGCUGGAACGCAUCAGCGGCGUCUAUGCCAUAAAGCACGACAUGUGCACGAACGGCUGCAUCGCCUAUACAGGUCUAUACAAGUUGCUUGAAGAAUGCCCCCAGUGCCUACAUCCUCGUCGAAACCAUUAUCACGAUCCAUUCAAGACAUUCACCACAUAUCCCAUUGGUCCACAAAUUCAAGCGCAAUGGGCUUCGGAAGAAGGCGCAAAUGAUAUGCGAUACCGGCAACGGCGUACCGACGAGCUGCUUGAAAGGCUUCGUCAGAACGGUGGAAAACUGGAUGUAUAUGAUGAUUUCCUGUGCGGCAGCGAUUAUCUCGAGGCUGUCAUCAACGGCGACAUUACCAACGACGAUACUCUGCUGAUUUUCUCCAUGGACAGCGCCCAGCUCUACCGCAUGAAGCAGUCAGACUGCUGGCUGUACAUUUGGGUUAUCCUCAACCUUGAUCCAAACAAGCGGUACAAGGUUCGCUACGUUCUUCCUGCUGGAUCGAUUCCUGGGCCCGACUCCCCGAAGAACAUAGAUUCCUUCGUCUUCCCAUCACUUUAUCACCUUGCCGCGAUUCAAAACGAAGGUGGGCUUCGCAUUUGGGAUGGUGGCCAGCGCCGGUUAAGCUCCUCUCGACUACGCCUUGUCUUUGUCACUGCCGAUUCGGUGGCACUGGCUAAACUCGCCCGCUGGGUUGGCCAUCUUGGUAGAUUCCCAUGCCGAAUCUUCUGUGGUCUUCCUGGACGGCACAAACCAGGUGCACCCCACUACUUUAUUGCUCUCCUUCGCCCCAAUGGUCGUCUUCCUGCAAAUUCUCAUGGCGAUGUAAGCAUAGCAGCACUUCCCAACGGUUCAGCAGCACGAUUCCUUGACAAUCUCCGCUCUGUUAUCACCUCGCCCAAUCCGACUCAAUUUGAGCGUCGCCGUCGUGAUUCUGGAUUAUCUGGUGUCUCCAUCUUUUUCGGCAUCGAGCUUGUGUUCCCUCCACCCUUUUGCUUCACUGGUGAUAUGAUGCAUCUCGACGGGCUCAAUCUACCUGACCUUCUCAUCGGACUUUUUCGCGGUGAAAGUGACCUUGUUAGCACAUCGGACAGUGUCAUGAACUGGGAGUGGGCUGUCCUUCAUGAUAAAGAUACCUGGGUACAACAUGGCGAGCUUGUUGCUGAUGCAAGGCCCUAUCUUCCUAAUUGCAUCGAGCGACCACCACGGAAUCCCGAAAAGAAGAUAUCAAGUGGUUUCAAGGCUUCGGAGUACCUUGUUUACGUCUACGCACUUUGUCCAGCCCUCCUUCACGGUGUUCUACCACAUGCUUUCUGGAAACACUUCUGCAAACUUGUCCGUGCACUUCACCUUCUCUCGCAGCGCUCUAUCUCUUCAGAAGCUGUAUCAACGGCGGACAAGCUGCUUAUCGACUACUGCCAGGACUUCGAGUUGCUUUACUAUCAACGCCGCAUGGACCGAUUACACUUUAUUCGGCCGUCUAUCCAUUUUCUUCUCCACCGAGGACCUGAAACCCAUCGCCUGGGACCGAAUGCCCUACUAGCGCAGUGGGUUCUAGAAAGGACAAUUGGUAAUCUAGGUGCCGAAAUCCGACAGCAUCAAAAUCCUUACGCAAAUUUGGCUCAACGCAGUCUUCUACGGUGCCAACUCAAUGCGUUUCGUGCGCUGGUCCCUGGAUUCGUCGAAAGUGAAACUGGUCCAUCACAUCUAGGUCAAGAUAUUGGUGACGGCUAUACACUGCUUCACAAAACUGAAGACACAUCUCAUCUCUUGCAUCCGGAUUCACACGAAGCCUCGGCCCUUCGCACUUACUUAGAUCAUAUACAACCUGAUCACGACAAUAUCCAGGAACUCCGAGUCAUCCGAUGGGCUCGAUUACGACUACCGAAUGGGCACACAGCACGCUCGCUCUGGGUAGAGCAGUUUACCUCCAAAAUCCCACGUCGUUCUCGCAAUGUCAAGCUGAUCACCAACAGCAUUGUUCAAAUUGCGGAGGUGAUGUACUACUUCAAGUUUCAUGUGAACGGCCUCACCCUUUCCCUCGCAAUGGUGACUCUAUAUGGAACUCCAGAUCCCACCAUACUCGAAGACUCAUCCAAUUUAUUGUGGGUGUGUGAUUUCCCCGCCGCGGGAACAGCUAUUUGCGUCGUUGAUGCAAAAUCAGUGGAGUCAGUCAUCGGAAUGGUGCCAUAUAAAUGGAAGCCGGUUAUCGACCUUGCGGAGGGACAUUUGAUGAAACCAGGGAAAUAUUUUAUGGUAGAGCAGCUCAGUCACAAUGUCGCCAUCGUAGAUACCAGUGAAGACGAUGACAACGAAGAGUAG